UCUUUAAGAUUCGUAACUAUUUUUACGACAUACAGUACAUUCUCAUUUCUGAUCGCAAGAAACGUGGCGAUUCUGACAGACUGACAGCGCAAAGAAAUCAUGAAUUUUCUGGUGGCACUCUUCGUGUUGAAUCUGCAUUAUGCUCUGGGAGGAGAUUUAACUGUUACCAAGAAGGUCUACUUUGACGUUAAGAUUGGGACAAAAGAUGCUGGACGCAUUGUUAUCGGCCUCCUUGGGGAAGCAGCUCCAAAGACUGUGGAAAACUUCCGACAACUCGCUGUUGGUAAUGUGAAUGGUGAAACAGGCUUUGGUUAUCAAGGGAGCUCAUUCCACAGAGUCAUCAGUAAUUUCAUGAUACAAGGUGGAGAUUUCACCAGAGGAGAUGGAAUGGGAGGAAAAAGUAUAUAUGGAGAAACUUUUCCAGAUGAGAAGCCAUUCAAACUGUCUCAUUAUGGAGCUGGCUGGCUAAGCAUGGCUAAUGCUGGACCAGAUACCAAUGGCUCCCAGUUCUUCAUUACUACUGUCAAGACUCCAUGGUUAGAUGGUAGACACAUAGUCUUUGGCAAGGUUCUGGAGGGAAUGAAUGUAGUGCGUGACAUUGAGGCAGUCCAAACCAACUCCAUGGAUCGCCCUAUAGAGGAUGUCACAAUAGCCAAGAGUGGGGAAUUACCAGUGGCUACACCCUUUGAUGUCACUGCAGAUGAUGCAACUGCAUAAAUCUGUUUUUAAGCUGGAAUAUAUGCCCUGUGUUCAGUUUUUGUUAAACAUUUACAUUGAUAGAGAUUUUUAAAGGUUUAGGAAUGAUUCUCAAUUCAUAUUUUUUUGUAUCAGAAAUAGUAAGGGCCAAACAAAAAAAUAUGUGUGGUUCCGGUUACACUUCCAAAAAAAUUAGGGUAGGUAGGUAGGGAUUUUUUUUUUUUUUUAAUUUUUUUUUUAAUUUAUUUUUUUUUUUUAAACAAAAUGAUUUUCUUAAUUUUUUUCUUAAUAAGACCUAUCACUGCUUUGCAAAUGGCAUUUAGAUGUGGUGUGAUAAUAUACUAGUCAAUAUUGGUAGGGGACACCUACAUGCUAGCUUGCUUUGGAUUUAACACUAUUAAACACUUGCACUAUGUUUUGCAAGGAGGCCGUCAUUGCUGAAACUAAAACUUAAACUGGAGCCAUUGAUGGAAAUCGGGGGAAAUUCCGGAAAAAAUAUGAAAAUUGCCAAAAAAAAGUUUAGGGUCGGGGGUAUAAAAUAGGGAAGGUCGGGUAACCAGAACCACACAUAUUUUUUUAUUUGGCCUAAAUUAUAUUUUUUAUGCAAAUAUACAUUAUUCUUGCCAUUGGGAGUAAUGAUUUUGAUUCUCAGGUGCAAGUUUUCUUCACCGUCCAUAUCUUGUGAAUGACAAUGUGUUCAUUCCUGAAAUGUGCCUUCAUAAGACCAGUGCACCAGUUUUAAGACAUCGAAUUAUGGUUUAUACUUAAUUUGUAUUUUAAGUGCCAAAUCUGUUUAUACAUAUUUCAAAUCAAAGCUUUAUUUGCUGAUUUGUUUUGUUGAACCAAAUGCUGAAUCUCGGACAUUAAAUUUAUAAAUUCAAUUCA